AACACCACGCCCUUUCCUCCGUUCCUAGGUAAAGGGCGAGGGGUCCCGAUUACUGUAAAACUAUGGCGGAACUCUCAAGUUUAGGAAAGCGAAGCAAAUCUGCAGAUGAAUCGUGUAGCUCAUGGAGUACACCAGUAAGUGUUAAGAAAAGGAACUAUGGACUUCCAUUUACAGAUAAAUUGGAAAUUCCUCCGAGUGUAUCAUCAUGGACACGUCAUGUUGCUAACAAGCUGGGAAUCGUCUACCACAAAAAGCCAACAGAUGUAGCUGAAUUUUUUAAAAUAUCGGAGGGAAGUCGAGAGUUUAUUUACCCUUUUAAAGGAGAAAACAAACAAAUUCUGGAUUCAUUAGUUUCUGUUACGCAAAAGAAAUUGUGUAAAGCUCGCAAACUGAAUGGGACAGUAUUUUCAGAAGAAGCUGCACAAUGUAUUUCCUAUUUGCAUGCUGCUGCGUCUUUCCAAGAGAUUAUGGCAGAUUUAGACAAGUUGGAGAAGGAAGCAUCAAAUCAGUCGAGCGAAUCAAGAUAUCUUAGAAGAAGUCACAUCAAACUAGAAGAAUUUUUCAUGCAGCUUAACAAAUUCUACAUAAAGAGAGGGGAUGAGCUGUCCAAAAAGCUAGUGGAAAGUGAAUUUACAGAGUUGCUAGCAGGAUUUUCAAGAAUUUUCUUUCUUAACGUUGAGGAAGUGACCUGUAAGAGAACUAUGAAGAUUGGGGAUAUUUCAGCUACAAGUGUUCCAGAUCUCUGUUUCUGGGCCCCAUUUCCGCUGGCGUAUUUCACAUGUUACAGUAUUGGUGUUGUUACAGUCACAGAGGUGAAAGUAGAGCAGAAAGAACAGGGAGAUGACGAGAGCUUUGACAUUAGUACGGCAGUUUGUGAUCAAGUUCUUGGACAACAUGCUGGGGAACUACUGUUGGAGAUACGAGACUCGGCUUUUGAAAAUGUGGCUUUGGGAAUUAUUUGUAUGCAGACAAAGAUAAUUUUUACCCAUUUGGAAAUCGGACAAGAGCACUUAGCCAUGAUUCAGAGAAACGGUGAUGUUGAUGGCAGAUUUGAAGUAGAUGGACGAGAAAGUGGAACUAUUUAUUAUACUAAACCUUAUGAUUAUAUGAAUGAAAGUGACAGGAGUGAAAUACUGGAGUUUUUGUUCUGGUUAGGUCUUCAUUCACUUCCAGUUGUCAAGAGAUUAAAGCCUAAUAAUUAAUGCCAAGCUCGAAGAAAUAAAACAGAUCACCAACAUUA